GAGCUGUGGGUGCAUACAAAUCACACUCAUUCAGUUCUUGUUCAGGCUGCAUUUGUUAAUACAGGCAUCAAAAUGAAGUCGCAAUUAUUUUGUUGUGCAUUGUUAUUCUGCUAUGCUGCAGCCAACGAGGUUUGCACUCCUGACAGUGAUGGUGUAGAGCCAUGCGACGGUCUGGAGCUGUCCUGCAUCCAGGAGUAUUUCCAAAAACGCGCGGACUGCCAACCAGCUGUCGUCGACAGUGAUGUCCUGAACCUUGGAACCAUUUCCAUGUCACUGCCAUCGUUCCAAAUGAAAAUCGAUCAGCAAAACACCACCUUCGAUCAGUUGGACGGUGAAAUCUUUGCGUUCACAGUGAAUGAAGCCGAGAAUCUAGCGGUAUUGGGAGUAAAGUUCUCAAACUUCUCAAUGAUCUCCAACGCCGUAUUCAAGUACUUCCCCACUGGCAAAGAGCCUAGAAUCUUCUCCGGAAUUAGCGAUGAAUUCUAUGGAUCUGUUAAAAUUACCACCUACUUCCCCUUGAAAACUGUAGUCGAAUCGGAAUCUUCAGAGUCAUCCUCGGAAGAGGAUUCUUCUUCUUCUUCAUCAUCCUCUUCAUCGGAAGAAUCUGCUUCUGUUACGGAAGAACCAUCUUCGUCUUCGGAAGAAUCAUCUUCGUCUUCGGAAGAAUCAUCUUCUACCUCGGAAGAAUCAUCUUCUACCGACUCUGACUCAGAAGAUUCAUCUUCUUCAUCGUCAUCCUCCUCUUCGUCAUCUUCUUCAGAAGAAUCUUCUUCUACAGAAGAAGUUGUAAAGGGAUUGGACCUCGCCUCAGCCAAACACUUCUCCUAUAUUGCCGAAGAGCCUAUCAUAGACAUAACUGGCGAUUGCUUGGACACUGACGAUGAGGUCCUAGCGGCUGUGCUGGAGGAUUUCAACAACAACAUCAACAAGGCCGUCAUCGAAGCCUGGAAGUACGUCGGCAAGGCUGUCGCGGAGUACUACAUCCAAAACAACAUCUGCAACUACAACCUUUAAAUUAUUACUUAUUAGUUGAAGAAUAAAGACUUCCUAUUGGCUAAGCA